AUGUUGACGAACAUCAUCUCGAAGUUGUGUGGUCAUUGCAAAAACCUUGCUCCUGCUUAUGAAAAGGUUGCAAUGGCAUUUAAAAUGGAUAAAGAUGUAGUUGUUGCUAGUCUUGAAACUGACAAGCACAAGGAUCUUGCAGAAAAGUAUGGUGUAAGUGGUUAUCCUACAUUGAAGUUCUUCCCAACAAACAACAAAGCUGGGGAAGAUUAUCACGGUGGCCGAGAUUUAGACAACUUUGUCAAAUUCAUCAAUGAGAAAUGUGGUACUAGUCGUGAUGGAAAAGGACAACUUACUUCCAAAGCUGGUAUAGUUGCAGCUUUGGAUAACCUGGUGAAGGAGUUUGUAAGUGCUACUGAUGAUGAGAAGAAAGCAAUAUUUGCCCGGAUGGAGGAGGAAGCUGAGAAGCUCAAUGGAGACAGUACUUCUGAAAUCCAAUUUGCUCUGCCAAGAGCUGCAUGGAUAAAAGGUGCAGAUUAUGUAAAGAAUGAAAUUCAACAGCUGGAACGCAUGCUUGCCAGGGUAAACCUCAACUUUUCUUGUCUAUUAUUGAUUGUUUUCAUCACUUAG